CUCACGUACACCGAUGCCGCAGUCCCCGCGCUCACGUACAGACGUACGCACCUGCGCAUCGCGUUAAUCAUUUAUCGUUUCGUGAUUUUUUUUCAAAUAUUUACAUUAUUACAUAUUUUUGUGUUUUAUAAAAUCGUUUUAAACGAGUACGGUAUAAAAUAUUUGUUCUGUUUUCUUUUCAAUUAAUUGACGUGAGCGAUUAUUACGGGUUUACACUGUUUACAGCUUAGUAGUGAUUGCGUGAAUUUCAAGUCACCGCUGCCGCCAAACUACAAUCGAAUGAUAAUUGUGCUGCGUAUUAAUACAUCUAUAUAAUUUAACGUUUUCGGGUUUUUUCCUUUUAAUUUUUGAUUCGUGCGUUUAUCAUCACAUUACAAUUAUUACACUCGGUGGUUGUCGUGCGUGCUUGUUGAAACCGUUUAUAAUCCAUACGCGAUAUUAAAAAUAAAUGUGUCGGGCGCGCGUCGGGUGCGGACUAUGAGCUGCACAGAGGUUAUGUAUCAGGCGUAUUAUCCGUAUCUGUACCAGAGGUCUUCGGGCACGGCUGCUCCACCGACCAGGGCGCCGCAUCAUCACUUCACGCCGUUCACCCAUCAAUAUGAUCGGUUGAGAGCGUUGGAAACACACCAGCAAGCAUCCACAUCUUCGCCAAUUGGCGGUGGAGACUCGCCGGCCAACAGAUGGACAACAAUUGCAGAUCAUACGGACUCACAUCACAGCAGUGUCGGAUCCGGAGCAUCCAGCGUGGGCCCUGUUGGUGGAAUUGCGAGCCCUGCGUCCUCGCCGGCCACAGCCAAUAGCGUUUCGGUAGUACACAAGGAAGAGGACACAUCCAGAGACGAUGCUCGCACUGAAAUGGACGAGGACGAGGACAACGUGCAGGACGAUUCUAGAACGCGCGGGGACAGGCGUGUUGCCGCACACGCGCAAUACGUGUCAGUAAAUUGCGUGGUGUUCACUCACUAUACUGGGGACGUCGCCACUGUGGUUGACGAACAUUUUUCCAGGGCGUUGAACAGCGAUCAAAAACUCAACAACGCCCAUCAAACGUCAACCAAAGAUACUUCCCCAAUGUCUUCCAGAAACUUCCCAGCGUCGUUUUGGAACAGUAAUUAUCACUCACAUCACUCCACUAGUCAAGUGUAUCAUCCCGACACAAUGUAUCAUCAUCACGGCACUGCAGGUAACCCCGCAGAUCCAUGGCAAACACAUUACCAACAAUAUACAGCUGCAGCUGCUCAUCACCAUCACAGGGCCGUGCACGAAUACCAUCACCACCAUAACAUGGCCGCCCAGUACGGCAGCCUAUUACUACCGCCACCGACUUCUAGACUGGCGCCACCGCCACCACCGCCACCUCCACCAUCUAGUCACCCACAUUCACACCAGUAUCACGGCAAAGCUGGUAUGGAACCGUGGCCCAACAGCGGUCAUCAUCCGGCCUUGGACACUGGCACGUCUUACUCACCAUAUCCUACUGUUCCAGGUCUAGAAGCUCAAGUACAAGAGACGUCCAAAGAUCUAUAUUGGUUUUAAAUGUUUUAAUGAAAAUUUUUGUUAAAUUUCGGUAAAAUUUCAUUCUUCCGUUGUUAAUAUUGAAAUAAGUGAUUUUUACGUAUAUAUAAAAUAGAAAUAGUUAUACUCAACAGUCAACACCUCAGUGAAUACGCAAUUAUCUUUAAAUACUUACAAUUAGUCUUUGGUCUGUUUCUCUGCAGAACAAUUUAACGUUCAAAUGAUACUACGAUAAUAAUAAUUAUUAAUAUAAUAUAAGAUUAUGAUGUUAUUAAAAUCAUGACGAUAAAUGCAAAAUUGAAUAAUUUUGUAUUGAACACGUGUAUAGUAUUAUAAUUAUGUAAUUCGUGUUGUUUGACGUAGCGUAAUUAAAAGAUAUAUAUAAACUAUAAGCUAUAGGUAUAUUAUGUAGUGUUGGAAAUUAAUAUGAUUUCCAGAUUCUAAUUUGGCGGAGACACCUAGAUUUUGGGUUAUUGGCAGUUUAAUUUCCCAAUUAAAUUAAUUUUAUUAUUUAUUUUAUUUAUUUUAUUAAUAGCAACUGCAGACUAUACAAAUGUUGAAGUAUAAAUUUGACUAAAUUAUCAAAACCAUUUAUGACAUUUAUCAGAAUUUUACAAAAUCUAUAAUUUUAUCAAGCAUUAUGUAAUAAUAAAUAAUAUAUUAUUAUAUUAUAUGACAUAUGAGUGUCUCACCACUUCUGCGGUCUCCGUUAAAAACCUUACAUUUUUUGAAAUGCUUGAUUUAUUCAAUUUUUAAUUUGUAUUACAGUUUUCAAUGAUAAUAUUCACUUGCAAGCAGGUCAGACCUACGUUAGAUAUAUAUAUUUAGUAUACAUAAGUACAAUGUAUUAUAUACUAAAUGUUACAUACUUUCCCAACGAAAUUUGUUGAAAAAAAAUAUUUGUAUUCUAUUCAAUAAUAGGCCCCGUUGAUAAUAUUUUAUGUCUGAUAUGGCUGAUAAGUACUAUAGAUUUAUAUUUUUAAUUUAACAAAAUUGUACCUAAAAGUAAGAUGAUCAUAAAACUGAUGACUAUUAUACUCAUAUAUUACAAUAUUUUACGUUAAAUUAUUAUUAUAAUAAUUCUAAUAGUUAUACUUAUAUUAUUCACUAUACUUAAUAUAUUUAUAAUCAUUUAGUAGUGUUAUUUUUUUAUUUGUGUACACUUUUUAAUCAAUCCGUAUGAAUAUAUUUCAUAAUUUGUAUAAGAUAUUUCAUUUUCUAUUAUUAUAUUAUUAUUAUACUUUGUAAACUGUUAGAAUCGUGUGUUGAUGUGCAAUGUUAGAGUAGGUUCCUAUGUAAUAUUAUAGAAAAUAUUAUAUGAUGUUUACUCGGAUAUUAUAUUAUUAUUAUUAUUAUUAUUAUUAUUAUUAUUAUUAUCAUAUAUAUUAAUAUGUAAUAAUUGAUAACCUACCAAAGGUAUACUACUCGUAAUUGUAUAAAUAUAAUUAAGACUUGUACUUAUAUGAAUGUUGAACAAAUAUAUAAUAAUAUGUAUCCCAAGCGUAGAUACGAGAUCAAUAAAAUACUAAACUAUAUUAAAUAUUUGCAAAUAUAUUA